AUGAGAGGUGGGUUGAUUUGAACUGUAGGUGUAGGGAUGGAGGUAAAGUAAGGCAUGGGAGGGGGAGAAGGAAGAUGGUUUUAAAUAGCCAAAGAAGGACUUUAAAUGGCCAAAGAAGGACCUUAAUAAUAGAAAGACUGCCAUUUUACAUUUCAUUAAAUACAUUAUUACAGGCGUUGAAGUGUCGACAACCUAUGCUCCUCGCCACUACAAGAUCCUUGGUCUCGUAGACCAAUACCCAUCCACAACAUUCAUCGAAACGACCCGGGGGCGGAUGAGCAUUUUGGAUUAUAUGCGUGAGCGAUACGAGAUAAUUCUCGAAUAUCCGAAUUUGCCGAUGUUGAAGAUGAACAAGAAAAGUGAAUGUCUCAUUCCCUUGGAGUGCUUGCGGGUAUGGCAAUUUUGGAAGUUUUAUUUUUUUGGGUAGGGUGGAGUUGGGGAGAUUGCCUUAGGGAGGGGUGAGGUAAGAGAAAGUAAGAUUGAGUACAGUUAGAUAGGGUACGGUAGGAUAGGGUACAAUAUGAGGGGGAACGGUAGGAUAGCUUACAGUAUGACAGGGUAAAUGUUACAGUAGUAUAGAAUACGGUGGGGUAGAGUACAGUAUGACAGAACACGGUAUGAUAUGGUACAGUAAACUGCGUGGCAGUACGAUACAGUACGGUAGGAUAGGGUAAAGUUCGAAACGGUACGGUUGGGUAUAGUACGUUAGGAUUAUAUAGAGUGCAUUAAAAUGGGUUACAGUAGGAUACAGUAUGAUAGGAUAGAGUAGGAUAAGGUAAAGUAGGGUAGUUUAGAGUAGGAUAGCGUAGGAUAGGGUAGGGUACGGUAGGGCAGAGCAGAGUAGGGUAUGUAACGGUUUAAAAACGCUUUAUUAAAGUAGGACAGGGUACGGUUUAUGAUGCAUUUUAGACAUGAAUUAAUAUUUUUCCAGAUAUAUAUGAAAUACAAAGGCUAUCGUGACCGUCUCAAUGCCCACAUCACAGACAUUGUCAAACGCAUCACCCAACUGCCACAACAAAUGUUCACAACCACCAGGAAGCUAGUGGAAAUCUCGGGUCUGAAGGAAACCGGUGAGAAUCAGGACGCAACAAUGAAAGAAUUUGGAAUAUCAAUGGAACGGCACAUGCUACGAACAGUUGGACAUGUACUGCCAGCUCCAGAAGUGGAUUUUUUUUGCCGCAGCACCAGAGAUAGUCAUCAAGAUUGUACCAGUAUAUUUGUCGGACAAAUGGGAGGCUCAUCAGAAGACUGUCGAGUGGGUUUUUGAAAAAAUUUUUGAUUUUUAAAUCUUUUCUUUAAACCUACUCUUACUUCUAUAGUUAUCAAUAACUUUGUUCUUUCCAGGCGCUUCCUCAAACAGCUCCAAGACCAGUUUAAUGUGUGGUUCAGCAGCGACGGCGGCCGUUACGAAGUGGUAACAACGGUGGAACAACCAAACACCGAACACUUGGAACGUAAACUGAUAAAAAUUGCAAACUCGGCCAAAGAAGAGGACAAUGUGGUACUCUUGAUGAAUUUUUUACCAGAGCAAGAGCGUGGUUGUAGAAAUCGAAGAAUCAUGAGAAGCGACCUGUACGAUGCGGUAAAGACCAUCUGUGAUGUGAAUGGAAUCCCAAAUCAAUGCAUUAAUAUGCUGGUACUGGUGAAUCAAGGCGGCGCAAAGGCUUAUGCUGACAAUAUUGUGAGGAAGAUCAACACGAAAAUGAAUGGGAAAACUAAUAUGCUGACGAGAGAAGGAAAUCAACCUAGUCCAGCGAAUUUGUUGUAAGUUAAUUUCUUAAGAUCAAACAAAAUUGUUUUGAAUUUCCCGCCAAAUUGGCAUUGUGUUUCAAGCUUAUAACUGUGCCAAUUUCAGAUUUUAUUAUCGUUUUUCUUUGAUAUACUGAUAGAAAACAUUUGCUUGAAACACAAUACCAAAUUUCCCAAAUUGGCGAGAAACUCAAAUAUAUAAAUUUUUAAACUUAUUUUAUUAUUACUACGAGGUUUUAUACUUGAAAACUUUAGGAUGGACUACUACGCGGCACAGAACACUAUGUUCAUCGGAAUUUUCUCUUCGAAGUCCCCACGUGCCGACCGAUGCCCAUCCGUACACGCUAUGGCAUACAACGUAGAUCCAUACGCGGCUUCCUAUAUGAGCACGUAUCGAUAUCAAGACGGGUUUGAUGACAAUAUUCACGACAUUAAAGCCAUGUUCGACGAAUGUUUGGAAGGAUUCUGUGAAGAAGUCGGACCACCAUUGAAGAUCCUCAUCCUACGAGGUGGAAUCUCGGACUCAGUCCAACUCGAAGUGUUUGAAAGGGAAGAAGCACUGAUUCAGCAGAGUAUUGGCAAGUUUCGUAACGAUUUCAAGGACAAACUUUCGAAUUGGUGGCCUCAAGUCUGCUACUUGAAUGUGUCCAGAACAAACUUGAGGUUUUGUACUGAGAAGACGGAGUAAGUUGGAUUGAAAGGCAUGGGUAAUGGAUUGUGGGCGUGAAUAAUGGCUUGGAGGGCGUGGGUAAAUGAGCAGUUUUGGAGGGGGGGGGGGAGUAGAAAGGAACUCAAGGUUUUGUAUCGAUAAGACAGAGUAAGGUGUACUGAAAGACGUGGGAAGUGGCUAGCGGGCGUGGGUAAAGCAACUAAUUUUUUUUGGGGGGGGAAUGGGGUGUUAGGGAAAAGUAGGAUUUUACGUGUUUUAACGUCAGGGCGAGUACAAGGGCUUUAAAAGAAUUUUUUAAUGUGGGCGUGGUAAAAAAAUUGUUUUUGGGAGGGGUAAAAAUUUUAAAAAAUUUUCUUGUUGUUCAACGAAGGGGAGUUGUACUUUUCAAACAAAAAUUUUUUUGGGCGUGGUAAUUCUUUUUCUUGGUUUUACUUUUCAAUUACUUUUUUUCUCUUGUCCCCCUCCCUUCCCCCCCCCCUUCUUGAUUUUCUAUAAAGGUUAAUUGAAAAACAAAAAAAAUCAUCAAUGUUACCUAUUUUCUCAUUUUCAGACUGGAAGGCUUCGAUAACCUAAAGCCUGGCACUGUAGUGCGAGAACAUGUCACUGAAUCCCCAAACGACUGGUAUAUGACCUCUCACAUAGGCAGGCUGGGAACAUCGAAGCCGGCCCUAUACAGACUGCGUAGCUCAACCUGGACUGAUGCUGAUGGAACAGCAACUCUAGAACGUGAUGUGGAGCAGCUGUGUCAUAACUUGUGCUUUCUACUUGGCCGGUCCGUCUUUUCGGUGGCUGUGCCCACGCCAAUUUACAACGCUCAAUUGGUGGUGGAUCGGUGUCGCGCCUACAAGAGGCACAACAUCAGCGGAGACUACAAACAGGCUGAUCUGCCUUCGGACACCACCUACAGGCAGUACUAUGGCUGA